AUGUCUGAAGAUAAGAACCAGAUUAAGAUUAAAUUCAUAACAAAUGAACCGGAGGAGCUAAAAGUUGAGGAAACUCCCCUAUACGUGCCAAUUUCGUUAAAACGAUAUGGAUUAUCCGAGGUAGUGAAUCAUUUACUUGGAAAUGAUAAACAGGAAGAGGAGAGAGAGAGAGAGGCCGAGGAGAACAAAAGACAUGUUCCGUUUAACUUUCUUAUAAACGGAGAGUUGUUGCGCACUUCAAUUGAUCAAUAUCUUGUGCGUAAUGGAUUAUCAAGUGAAGCAUUUUUAACCAUAGAAUAUACUAGAGCUAUACUACCACCCAGUUUCCAAGCAUCUUUCCAAGGAGAUGACUGGAUUUCAUCAAUAGACUCGAUAAAUAGAACAUCUCCUUGUGUCACAUCAUCUCAACUAAAUAUUAGUAGUCCAAAAAUUUUGAGUGGUUCGUAUGAUGGAAUAGUACGAACAUACAAUUUAUCUGGAAAAGUGGAGAAACAAUAUGUUGGUCAUUCGGCUCCUGUAAAGUGUGUGAAAUGGAUAUCACCAACAAGGAUAGUUUCUGCUGGUAACGAUAGACAAGUGAGAUUAUGGAAGACUACGUAUGAGGGAGUAACAGACCAAAAUGGAGAAGGUGCAGCUGGAUUUGAACAGGAAGAGGACGGAGAAGAAGAAGAAGCUGAAGAAGGAAGAACAUUGGCAAUUUUGGAAGGUCAUAAAGCCCCCGUGGUUGACUUGGCUGUGAACCAUGAAACAAAAAGGAUAUUGAGCGCCGGGUACGAUUUAGAUAUUGGAUUCUGGUCAACUAACUACAAGGAAAUGACCAAAAUUGAAGUUCCUCAGUAUGAUUCAAAUGUCGUUUCAACGUCUUCAAAAAAGAGAAGAAAGUUGGCGUUACAAGAUUCAACAAUAAGACGCCGCUCUCCUUUGAGUUUCUUAAAGGGUCAUACCGAGCCCGUUGAAGGAGUAAUUUUUGAUGCAUUUGAUUCAACUGUGGGAUAUUCUGUAUCUCAGGAUAAUACAAUUAAAACAUGGGAUUUGGUAACCACAAAGUGUGUUGAUACAAGAACUACUGGAUUUGCACUAUUAUCCAUAUUACAAUUACCAAGUGUUAAUUUGAUAGCAACAGGGUCCUCGGCACGCCAUAUCAAUUUGCAUGAUCCUCGAAUGUCCGCUGUGAAUAAUACAGAUGUGAUAAACUCGAAAUUGGUGGGGCACACAAACUUUGUGGUUGGCUUAGCUGCAUCUCCUCACAAUGCCAACAUAUUUGCUUCUAGUUCGCAUGAUGGGACUGUGAAAGUUUGGGAUGUAAGAGCUGAUAAAUCUUUGUACACAAUAACUAGAGAGGAUGGGUCAAACGAUAGCAAAAUAUUUGAUGUGUGCUGGGAUAAUGAAAUUGGAAUCAUCAGUGGUGGGGAAGAUAAAAAGUUACAGAUUAAUAAAGGUUCAGAUAUAAGCAAGUAA